AGGAGUCUCGAGAAAAGAGAACAGUGAUCUCGUCCAUCUUCGCCUAUCCGAAGAGAGCGAUCGAAGGAGAUCGUCAGCGAUCGGCAGCGCUUUCGUAACGGCCACAGGACAUAAACAAGAAAGACGAAUAUGAAGCUUCUCACUGCCGCUACAUUUCUUGCUGUUGUUUCAUCAGAGCUGGUCGCAUCUUUGGAACAUGAAUCCCAAGACUACGAAGGUAGAUUACAAAGCAGAUAUGAUGAAGAAAGUAAAAAAUUUGGAGCCGAAUCGUUGGAAGGUCAGCAUAUCAAAAAUGAUCAAAUUGAUCGAUCGGAGAACAGAAAACAUCAAAAUCAAAAUUUACAUAGAAAAGAGUCUGAAGAUGAUCAAUCUAGUGAGAGUAAUUGGUUGGAUGCUGUGCCUGGAGUACCAGGAAAGGACUAUCCUAAUUUAAUGACUAUACCCGAAACAUCCUUUUCGUGUAUUGCUAAGAAACCUGGAGGUUAUUAUGCGGAUGUGGAAACGCGAUGUCAGGUUUUCCACGUAUGUAAUGUAGGGGGCGUAAAAAAUUCCUUCCUGUGUCCACCCGGAAGCAUUUUCAACCAAAAAUACCUAGUUUGCGACUGGUGGUACGAUUUCGAAUGUGAAAAUGCUAGUGACCUCUAUUCUCUAAACGAGUCAAUAAAUCGUGGAGAAGUCGGGUCAGGUCCUAGUGGACCCGAAGAGCAUUACACGACAGAAAAAAACUCAAAGUUAAAUUCUGAAAAAGAGUCUUUCUUUACCAAUUCAGAGAACAAUUGGGUAAACGACGGGGUCGAUUUGUCACUCGCAGGGACUGGUGAAGGUGGACUUGGGUAUUCGAGAAACAAAUCAAACAGACCCUUUGGCGAAUAUCAAACUUACAUUAGCCAAGCAAACAAGGAUGUAAAUUCCUUGGAUAAUGAUAGAAGAAAUCAACUUUCUCAACCUAGCUCAAACCGUACAGAUCAAUCGAUUUAUUUAUCAGAAAAAAAUAAAGAUAAAGUCCAAAGUUUUAAUGAAAAGGAUCAAUAUUACAGAUUCAGGACUGAAAAUUCUAAUAAUCUUAAUGACAUUCAGGGCAGAUCUGGAGAAUAUUCGCAGCCUGGAAACGGACAAUUUUCUGAUUAUAUCCCAAGAGGUUUCUCGGUGAACUAUGGAAAAGUUGAAAAGGAUUAUUCGAAUUUUAAUCAAGAGAUUGAGAAAGAGGAGAGUAAUCAAAGAACUGGAGUUUACGCUUCCCGGCCAUCUGUUUUUAAUGAUGUGGGUAAAGAAUCGAAUUCUGGAGAGGAAAAUUUCUAUGAAGAGUUUCAAAAGGAUAUUAAGAAUAAAAAUGCAAAUAGGAGAGGAAAUUAUCGCGAGGAGGGGAAUGAAGAAACAGUAUUUAAUUCGAAUUCUGAUGAAGAUGAGUUUGAUCGGGAACGUCAAAGGGAAGUAGAUAGUACGAUUUUGAAUAAGAAACCUCAAAAUAAUGAAAAUAGAGGAUUUAAUUAUGGAUAUGAUGCGGAUACAAAUAAACUGACUUCUGAAAAUCCUCCAUCUAUAGAGAGUGGAAGUUAUUACGAUAGUGAAAGCUAUUUUGUAGACGAAUCAAAUGUUCCUUUUCCUCGGGAUAAGAAAUAUUUGAAUGCUAGAAUUGAGGAAAUUUCUGAUAAAUCAAAUAGAAAUUUGAACCAAAAUAGGGAUCAAAUAAGACAUCGUCAAAACAAUGGAGAUCACCGUCCUUCUGGUGGGUUUAGAAAUGGUCUUGGAAAUGGUUUCCCUAGUCCGAAUAAGGAGUUAGCUGGUUCCAAUGUGAUUGCUGGAAAGAUCAGUUUCCAUUCCCAAAACUCACAAGACAAGUCGAAUUCAAGAGAUAAGCCGUAUUUCGAUUCUCAGUCUGUAAACAAAGUAACUGGUUACAAUGACGCAAGACCAACUACAGAAGACAAUGGAUCUUUCGUUGGCGAAAUUUCAGCUACAUUGGUGAAAACAUGGUCUGGGUCAAGGUCACCCGGACAAAUUACUGAAUUAAUGCGUGGUCGUGAUAAUUCAAGGACCAUAAAAGACGAAUUUGCUCUUCGUCAGGGAGACAAUCUUGGCAAGGAAUCCUUCGCAAUCGGAUUUAUGGAGAAUGAGAACAGAAGAAAUGAGAACGCUGAACCAUAUAUUUCGUCAGAGCAGUUUCGGUCUGAAAAUAAGAAGGUGGACAAUUUGAAUCACCAAAAUGAAAGAAAUCAAUACGUACCGCCAUUUAGUUAUUAAGGUGUAAUUAACUGCAAUUUAGUUUAAAUAAUAUCUAAUAUAUUAUAUUAUAAUCACUCCCACUAAGACUGAAUAAAUUUGGC